AUGCAACGUGAUUCAUUGUUCUUCUCCAUCAUAAAUACAUCCUCUCCCCAGUUUUAGCCAUUACUAUCACUCUAUAUUGUAUACUAAUAAAGCAUAAUCAAGCUACUUCAAGGAGAUAUGGAGAAAUUUAUUUCAAACCGGUCAAGCAUCAAAUCUGUGCCUGAGGACUAUGUAUUCCCACAAGAAACAAGACCAGGGAAUUUCAAAAUCCCAAUUAACAAAACCAUCCCAACAAUUGAUCUUAGUGAAGCACAAAAUGGGGAUAGAACCAAAACAAUACAACAAAUUAUCAAGGCUUCUGAGGAGUUUGGAUUCUUUCAGGUUAUCAAUCAUGGUCUCUCGUUGGAUGAAAUGAAGGAAGCAAUGAGUGUUUUUAAGGAGGUGUUUGAGAAGCCUAAUGAAUACAAACACGACUUGUAUCCUGAGAACAAUUUGAAGACAUGUAAGAUGUUUUCUAGCACUUUCAAAUAUGAAUUUGAUAAGGUUCAUCUUUGGAGGGACACUCUUAGACACCCAGCUUAUCCUUUGGAACAGUGGCAACACUUGUGGCCUGAAUAUCCAACUACAUACAGAAAGUGUGUUGGGGAUUAUUCAACUAAAAUUAAGGAGUUGGGUUCAAGGAUCAUGAAUUUGAUUAGUGAAGGGCUUGGUUUGGAGUGUGGAUAUUUCGACAAUGAUAAUCUUAGUGACUCAUUAGUUAUCCAACUUAAUCAUUAUCCACCAUGCCCUGAUCCAAGUUUAACACUUGGUAUAACCAAACACUUUGAUGCUUACCUCAUAACCGUUUUACAACAAGAAGAUAUAUGUGGCCUUCAAGUACUUAAGGAUGGAGAGUGGAUUGCUGUUGAUGCUAUUCCUCAUGCAUUUGUUAUCAACAUAGGCUACGCCUUGCAGAUAAUGACUAAUGGUAAGCUAAAAAGUGUGGAACAUAGAGUUGUGACAAAUUCAGAACAAGCUCGCACAACUGCUGCCUUUUUUAUAGCUCCAUCAGGUGAUUGUUUCAUUGAACCAACAAAAGAUCUCAUUGAUGAACACAAUCCACCUAUUUAUAAGUCUUACGAAUAUAAGGAGUUGCUCACUCGCUUCUUUAAGAAACAUGGUGAUAUGGAUAUGGUGCUGAAAUCCUAUGAGGAAGAGGAACCAAAGGAUUAAAUGAAAUAUUGUGAAAGGCAAAAAGUAUCAUUCGAUUAUGUAAUUUUUUUUUUUAAUAAAUUGAUGUUGUAAGAGUUGUUGUUGGACUCCUUAUUUUUUAUUUUUUUAAUAAUUCAGGAUUUAUUUAUAUUACAUAAUAAGAGUGGUUUAGAUAGCUUAGACCACAAGCAACUUAGCUUACCUUAGUAGUAGCUUUAAUAUGCUGAUGCUAGUCCAUCAUAUGUAUUGUACAGCAUCAACUACCUAUAAAUAGUUGUUGUACUCUCUGAUUCAUCAAGCAAUUACAUAUUAUUUCUAUCAUUUAUAA